AUGGUAAAAUACGCUGCCAUUUCAGAAAACCGAAGCCCGAACAUCACAGCGGCCCCAACCGGGCCUAUACAACUGACAGUCAACCAAGUAGGCUCGUAUACUAUAGAGUUUGUUGACCCAGACAGCGGUGACACUGUUUCUACAAGAAUAGCGUACAGCAUCAGCGAUUCCAACGUUACCACACUGUCAGCGACAUCUGUCCAGGUGAACGUGAACCCAACCAGUACCAGUAUUACACAGCCUGUCGGUCUGAUAUUGACUGAUAACAAAGGCGGCUCUACCACGUGGACGGUGACAGCUGACCUUUGCUCUGGCUGCAGUAACAGAGGCAGCUGUCUGUUUAACCAGCUACGAGCAGGACAGCUAGUGGACGCCAGUGUCCGGUUGGUGGAAUGUGAAUGUGACACGGGGUAUACUGGUAAUGACUGCGAGCAGGAGGUCGAUGGAUGCGCCAACAACCCAUGUCCCGCAGUGGCCAACUGCACUGACUUGACGCCUGCACAGGAAGUCGCCCAAAACAGGAGCUUCAUUUGCACGUGCCCAUCUGGCUAUGAGACUCUUGGCUCGAAAUGCAAAGACAUUGACGAAUGCCUAAGCGACAGCAGUAACACGUGCAACGCUUCCAUCUCUACAUGUGCCAACACGGACGGCUCGUUCUCUUGCACGUGUAACACCGGCUACAGGAACACCGACACGCAGACAUGUGCUGACAUAAACGAGUGUACCGCCAGAACAGAUGGCUGUGAGCAGAUUUGCACCAAUACCAUAGGCAGUUUCACCUGUUCCUGCCAAACUGGGUACAAUCUGAACAGUGACGGCAAGACGUGCACGCUUACAGAUGCCGCCGUGUGUGCGAGCAGCUCGUGUGUGUCUCCAGCCUCUUGUUACAACAGCAAUGGCGCCGCAGCUUGCUUCUGUCCCCCUGGUUACAACCUUCUGAGUGAUGGUGUCACAUGUAAUGACAUAGACGAGUGUAGCACGGACAACCAGUGCAGCCCGACAUCUGCCUGUGAAAACACACAAGGCAGUUACACAUGCGCGUGCGCAGUAGGUUUCCGGCUUGAGGCUGAUAUGAGGACGUGCACCGCAUGCGAUUCCUUGCACUGGGGUGCCGGCUGUUCCAAUCUCUGUGACUGCAGUGCACGUUCCACGCGCUGUGACAGCGUCAUCGGCUGUACCGACUGUGUCCCUGGAUACGAGGGUCAAAACUGUAACAACGACAUAGACGAGUGUGCCCUGAAUGCGACUUUAUGUGGUGUGAAUGCCCAAUGCAGCAACACACAGGGCUCUUAUGACUGCACAUGUUUAGCGGGAUAUACUAAAAACAGUAGUGGAGUGUGCAUAGAUAUAAAUGAGUGUGCUGCCGCCACUGACGGUUGUGAACAGGUGUGUAAUAACUCACCUGGCAGCUACACCUGUGGUUGUAACCCCGGGUACACCUUGACCAACUCCACACACUGCACAGACGUAGACGAGUGUCUCCUUCAGACGGACAACUGUGACCACGUGUGUUCCAACACUGUUGGAAGUUUCAGGUGUUCUUGCUUCAACUCGGAUUACCAGUUGGCUCUCAAUGGAUACACCUGUAAGAAAGUGGCGAAUGCUUCCCUCCAAGCUUGUAUUGAUGCCGGGCUGAACUGUAACCAGGGUUUGUGUAAUGCUACGGCGAGUCCACCCGUGUGUUUCUGCCGCAGUGGCUACCAGCUACAAGGCAAUGAGACCUGUAUAGACAUUGAUGAAUGUGCCCAGAACCUGGAUGACUGUAACAGUAACACCAGCACAUGUAACAACAACGACGGGAGCUACACGUGUAGUUGUAAUAGCGGGUUCCUGCUGGAACAGAGUGACCAGAGGACUUGUAACGAUAUAAACGAAUGUGACACAACCAACAAUUGUGCCUCCAACGCCCAGUGCACAAACACAUUUGGUUCCUACACGUGCGCAUGUAACCAAGGCUACAGCGGUGACGGCCAAUCGUGCACCAAUGUCGACGAAUGCUUGACGACGCCUUGCCAUACGAACGCCACGUGUAGGGACACCAUUGGUUCAUACACGUGCACGUGCAAUUCUGGAUUUUCUGGCAAUGGUCAGACGUGCUCGGACAUUGAUGAGUGCACGACGACCAAUGACUGUAGUCCUAACGCUUACUGUACCAACACUGUGGGGAGUUACACGUGUACUUGCAAGAGCGCGUUUAUUGGAAAUGGAACGGAUUGCAAAGCCUUACAAGGCAUCAAAGUGAAAAUGGUCUUUGAUGAAGUUUAUUCGCCAACUAAAUACCAAACCGGAUCUGCCGACUAUCAAAUACUGUUGAGAACCCUCGAAGACUUCUACAGGAGCUACCCAGGCUUCUACCGUAUUGACAUAACAUCGAUAGAGAACGGUAGUGUUGUUGUCUACUACACCGUGCAGCUGAACACCACGGCUCCAGAGAAUGAGACGGAGACCAACCUUUCCCUGUACAUUCUCAAUGGAGUCCAGGCGGCCAACAACAGGCUUGUAGACCCAGGGACUGGGACAGCGACAUUUACGCUUCUCAGAACACCUGACUUGGUCAUAGGAAGUGUAACAGAUAUCGACGAAUGUCUGAGGAACAACGGCGACUGCGACAGCAAUGCUGCGUGCGCCAAUACUGUCGGCAGCUACACCUGUACUUGUAACUCGGGUUACCAUGGAAACGGCUUCAGAUGUGACAGAGACACAACGUACAGAGUCAAUAUGACGUUAGAUGUAGUUGACCCGACGCCGUACCAGAACCCUUCUUCUGCUGAACGCGUUAUCCUCACCAAGUCGUUGACGGGAUUCUAUCAGGCGUUCCCAGGAUUCAGAGAAGUUGUUGUUACUAACACGUGGCAUGGCAGUUUAAUAACAGAGCACAACGUCCGUACGAACACGACCGGGGCUAAUCUGACAGCUCACAGACAGGCCAUGAAGGAGUACAUCCUUACCAAGUUAAAGGCCUUGAGUUACGUCUUCAGCGAAGAGAAUGUCUACUUCCCCGUGCUUGGCACGCCCACUCUAGACGGAGUUGUGUUGAAACCGUGUGAAGUGUUCGGAUGUCAGAACGGAGGACAAUGCGGCACAGGCAACCGUGGAAACUGCAGAUGCCAGGUAGGCUUCAGUGGCGACCUCUGUGAGACCAAGGUGGGACUGACCCAGGACGAGAUCGCCAUUGUAGCAGCCAGCACUGUGGGCGGAGUGGCGCUGAUUGUGGCCAUCUGCAUUCUCAUAGCUGUCAUCGUCUACAAGAAGAAGAAGGCGCGCGAGGAGAAGCUGAAGCGAGGAAGCAGAUGGCGCAACUACCUCCACGACUCCUACGGUCCGGCUACCGGUAUCUUCCACCCUAAGUACACCCCCUACUGGCAGCACCUGGGCCGGGGAGGAUUGGCCAGUACAGUGUCCGGCAGUAGUAGCCGGGGGUCAAGCUCGGGAAGCUCGAGGGAAGAUUACCUUCACAGAGACAGAUUCAAGUCCAUGAAUAUUUAUGAUAAUAACUGGCGUGGCGACCAGUCUGAUCCGGACAUAUUUGGCUGGGACACCCUCCUGACGGGCAGCCUGGACCCAGAGCGGGAGUUCAGGAUAUCACGGCCUAAACUGGCGGGAGGGAGAAACACGGCGCAGAUUCGACUGCGACCAGAGAGUAAUGCUUAGCUGUACAGCAACCUGGCCACCACCACCUUGAAACCCCCCCCCCCC